AUGAUCUCUACCCAAGACCUCGCGGCCCCCGCCCCCACGAAGGACCGCCCGAGCAUCCCUCUGUCGGAAGAAUUGUUCAAGGCGAUCACCGACGUUCUAGUCGCGGUCCUGGCGUACGUCGUGAUAGUUCACGUGGCUCGCUAUUACGACGAGACGAAGGUCGUGCACUACGACCGGCUUCUGGGCUUCAGCGUCACCCUGGCGGGCAUAUUCGCCAACGACAUCCUCGGAAAGUAG